AUGGAUUUACAGCAGCAGUUAGGCAUUGACCAGUGUCUUUCUCGCAGAAGGGAGCAGCUUUACAGGCGGCUGCUUACUAAUGCCUCUAAGGGUUUAACUUUCUCUCAAGAUGUCAUGUGGGAGAGAGGACCAGAUGACAUCCCAUACAGCAAAGCUGAUUUCACAUGGCUUUUUUGUGCUUCUGGCCCAUUGGCACCAAUCACUGGCUCAAAGAACCCAAAGCAAGAAAGAAAGAAAUUGUUGCUGCAUCACGUUCAACACCGCGACUAUGUGAUGCCUCCUUUACCAGCCUUGCCACCAUUGCAAACUGUACAUCGCCAUUCACUGACCACUAAGUCAUUUAUUACAGAGACUGACCACCAGGAUGGAGAAUUGGACUCAGUUAAAAGGAUAGGGUUGAGUGGAGCCUUAAACAUGUACAGUAUAAUUCCAUACCAGCUCCCUACCAUAUUAGAGGAGGAAGAGCUGAGCAGGACAAACAAGGGAGAUGAAUCUGUGCUGAAGAAGCUGACUAAGAAUACUGCUCAGUGUAUUGUUAGUCAGCAGAUUUCUAGAGAUUAUCAGAAUAAAGCAAGGCUGCAAUCACUGCUGGAUGAUCAGUAUGUGUCAGCCAGUACUAUCUAUCUGGGAACUGAUGAGUCCAAGGGUAAGGAGGAUUUCUGUGACACCUGUAGUGUGCCCAAAUCCAGCAAAGAUCCCAAACCACCGCAGAGCAACAAACCUGAGACACCGCUACCAGUUUAUUACAGGAUGCAAGGUUACAGUGUCUCACCAGUUUGCAUAGAUGAGCAAGGUGGGAUCAAUAGGACUGCGAAUGAAGUGGUCAUAAAUCAUAUAGAGACACCAAAGCUGCCUUGCCUUCAGGACAGCCUGAACCCACAUGCUGGAAAAUAUGUUUAUCACACUGAGAACAACUUUGAACUGGAACUAUACACAGGGAUAGCCAAACAAGUGCAUCAGCCAGGCAGGAAGAAUCAAGACCGCAUCAUCAUGGACAACAACUCAGAAUACCAAAAGAACCUCCAGGACAAGUUUCCAUGCGGCCCAGAAAGGUGGACACAUUUCCCAUCAGCUGACUUGCAAAGUGUGACCAAAGCAGAAACGAGUAGACCGGACAAAGGAGUACGACGCUGGGUGGGUUUGCCUAUCAAAGUUGACUAUGCUACAGAGCUGGGGCUCAGACCUCCUGAUUACAACAGACAAGACAGAAAAUUACCCAAAGAGCCAAUUAAUUACAGCCCAAUGCCAGGUCUUUCAUCCCUCCGCUAUGCAGUGGAAGGAUGGACGGAUUCCUGGAAGAUUAAAACUAACUGGCAUACUGUCACUAUUGAGGGUUUGAAGAAUGAUCUCACCGACCUGCACUGCCAAGUGCGAGUGGCAGCUAUUGCUACUUGUGCAUCAGCAGCAGUUAAUAGACCAGAAGUUGGUCCAGAUCCAGAUGAAACAGGUCUGGCUCAGUAUGUUCAGAGCUACGAGGUCGAGGCAGUGCCUCCAGAACUGCAGCCCCUUCUUCUUGUUGCUCUCAACGACCCAGUGAAGAGAGUUCAGCUGGCAGCCGCUGUGUGCCAGUGUGCCAUCGGGAAACCCAAUGCCCGUGCCAGGAAUAUACUUCAAAAAGCACUACAGCAUGAUUCUUCAGGAACAGGAGCAGAUGGCUGGGUUGCAGCUCAGUGUUUAGCAAUAGAAGGGGAGGCCAGUCAAAAUGUAAUAGAAAGGUUACUCUCCCAGCUCUUUCUAAGCAAUGCUCCAUCAGACCAAGAACAGGCUGCCGCCCUACUAGCCAGCAUUAGUAGCAAGACUAUUCUAGUGCGCUCACUGCUGGGGGAGCAUUUGAACUGCCCUGAAUGGAGAAACCGAGUUCUGGCCUGCAAAACCAUCUCAGAGCUUAAAUGCCCAAUAAACAAGGAUCUGACCAACAAGUUGCUGUACUUGAUGUGGAAUGACUGGAGCGGUUUGGUGCGUCAGGGAGCAGCACAGGCUCUGGGCAAACUGGGCUUAGGCAGUGACAUACACAAUGAAUUAUGCGUCAAACUACAUGAGGGACCAACACCUUGGAGGGUGGAGGCAUUGGUUCUUAUUGGUCAGUUGAAGAUAAUGACAGCCAAGCUACUGCCAAGUUUCUUGAACUGCCUAAAUGACGAGUUUUCUGUUGUACGCAAACAGGCCUGUUCAGCUGCUGCAUCUCUCAUGAUCAAAGACGAGAUGAUCCAGAAUCAACUAUUACAAUUAAUGCAGGAUGACUUGUGUGAUGUGAAGGUAGCAGCAAUAAAUGCUCUGGGAAGGAUUGGUUGGUUGACACCAACGCUCCAGGAGAUCUUACUGUGGGCGCUGCAACAUGAGAAGGACCCCAGUGUGCGCAUUGCUGCCUGUGAUGCCCUGAAGGUGUUAGGAGUUAAAGGAGCUGAGCUACAGAAUCUUCUGCAGGAACGCUUUGCCUUAGAAGCCAACGCUCAAGUUCACAGGCACCUGGGGGAUCAUAUGCAACACUGUGGCUACAGCUUAGUUGGGGACAAGGACAGGGGCCACAUGAUAACAGAGCAAGCACAAAAGCUCUGCACAAAGAGCAAUAUCACAGAGAAACUGCUGCAACUAGAUGACCUGAAACAGCAAACACAGAGGAAGAUGCCAAGGAAAGAAAGCUGGCCAGAAACUGCAGUGCUGUCUGCACUAGUGCAAGAAAGUUUAAGAGGUUGGAAAAACACGCUCAUCAAUGAAGAAUUGAUCGGCAGACGGUCCAGACAUUUAGGUAUUAUCUCAAGUUACCAUGUCUUGGAGAGCUCAUCUUAG